GGCUAGCCUCGUUGGACUAAAACUUUGCAACAUGGCGACGCAGCGGAGCGAGCGAGUGGAGGAGAGUAUGGAGAGCGAAAAGAAAGCCCACCCGGGCUUCAGCAGCCUCAAAUACUCUUUGCUGGUGGUGGUCGGGGAGCACAGCGCCGCGGGGUUUGUGGAGUACCUGGUGGAGGAGAUUGAGCGAGGUAUCCGGUCGUGGGAUGUGGACCUGUCAUCGUGUAAUCUGGACGAGCAGCUCAAACUGUUUGUCUCCAGACACAAUGCCUUCAUUUCCGAGGAGCUGAAAGGCCAGAGGACGCUGCAGCACUGUGGGGAUGUGCUUGAGACCCAGGUGGUGGUGAACCCGUCUCAUGCUUUGGUUUGUGCAGAGGUUCGUCGACUUAUUUCUGAUGUUUCUCGUCACAAGCUACUGAUUCUAGCUGGCCAGUGCGUGGAAAACUCUGGUGAACUUGUGUUACAGACUGGGAGCUUUUCACUUAAGGACUUUAUUCAAAUAUUUGCUGAUGAAGAGAUUGGUGAACUGUUGAGCUCAGCAGACCCUACACAAAAAGCAAGCCUCACCCUGAGUUGCCCCAUGUCUGGAACGUGGAAGAAUUCUCAGUUGGAAAAGCACAACUUGCAAGACUUCAUCGAAAUCAAGACCAACCCUCAGUCAGUGCUGCCAGAGAUGGAGGGUUUGCAGGAGUUUACAGAGUAUCUCUCAGAAUCCCUGGAAACUCAGUCGCCUUUUGAACUCUUAGAGCCUCCUAGCACAGUUGGAUUCCUAAAGUUGUCGCGCCCAUGCUGCUAUGUUUUUCCCGGUGGACGAGGUGACUCCGCCUUCUUUGCUGUGAACGGUUUCAAUGUAUUAGUCAAUGGCGGGUCUGAUCCACGUUCCUGUUUUUGGAAACUAGUCAGACAUUUGGACAGAAUUGACUCCAUAUUGCUGACACACAUUGGUGCAGACAACCUGCCUGGUGUGAACAGCCUCCUCCGCAGGAAAGCUGUGGAGCAGGAGGAGGAGGAGUCAGCAGGCUCUCAGAGCAACGAGGACUGGCAGAGGAACUUGAUAUCUCCAGAACUCGGGGUUGUGUUCCUCAAUGCUCCAGAAAGACUUAAGACACAACAAGGCGAUCCCAAACUCUUGCGAAGUUGUGAUCUGGUUGCACUUACACUACAGCAUUUAGAAAAGUUAUCUCUCUCACCAAAAAUCCUUUCUCGUCCAAAUAGUCCAAGCAUUGAACCCACGAUCCUAUUUCAGAAAAUGGGCGUGGGUCGCCUUGAACUGUACGUUCUUAAUCCUGUCAAGGGUAGUAAAGAGCUAGAGACUUUAAUGCAGUCGUGGCCCAGCAGUGCCUCUAGUGUUAAAAGUUCAGAGGUCCCUCUUCCCUGCUUGGUUUCCAUUUGUGCUCUGUUGGUGUGGCAUCCUGCUAGCCCUCAGGAAAAUAUCAUCCGUGUUCUGUUCCCUGGUUGCGCACCACAGGCCAAGAUCUUUGAGGGGUUGGAAAAGUUGAAACAUCUAGACUUCCUCAGAACCCCAGUGGUAAGUUUAAAGGACCUCGAAUCAUCCAAAUCUGACAAACCACCAAAGCGUGCAGAGAGCAAGGAAAGCCUUAAGUCUCUCACCAGAGACUCAAGACCAGGGAGUGCCUUGCUGCUCAAAGAUAAGGGAAGCAAAGUUGAUAUAAAGAAGCAAGACACUAAGGUUAAGCCCAAAUCCACUAAUGAAGCUGGCCAAAAAGAUGGUAAAGAAGGGGAAGAAAAGGCAAAGCCAAAAGAUGAUACAAAACAAAGAACCUUGAAGCCUGAAAAGCAAGUAGUUAAAAAGGAACCUGUGAAAGAAGAGAAGAAAGAAGUCAAGAAGAAAGAGGAGAAACCUUCAACAAGUGUUCCUAAGAAAGAUGAAAAUGUUGAGAAAAAGAAGGAACCUUUGAAGAAAGAUCUGGCUCCCAAGCCAAAGAAAGAUAUUAAACCUGAAAUAAAGAAGGAAAUUAAGAAGGAGGUCAAACCUGAGGAAAAGAAGACGAUCAGUAAACCUCUGGGCAAGGAUGUAAAGAAACCAACUGGAAGUGCAUCAGCAUCUGCUGAUGCAAGGAAGUCCAUUGGGAAGAAUGGUUCCCUAAAGAAGGAUGCGACUAUCCCUAAAAAGGACAGUCUACCAAAAGGGAAAUUGAAGCCAGGGAAUAAGGAAGACUCUGUAAAAUCCUGCUCUGAAGGAGAUGCAAGAUCAAAAAUGUCCACACCAGAUGAUAUUACUGCAGACUUUGAGAAGCUGAAGAUGGAAAAUGGGUGCAACAAAAAGCAGGAUGAUCAGGGGAAUUGUGUAGGUUCAGGAACGAAAGGCGUACAAUGCUGUGCCAAAGAUCAGAAAUUGAAUGGGUCUGGGACCAAAGCAGAGUUAUCAGGAAGUCCAGAGACGUUUCGAUGUAUGGAGACCAUUAGUGCUCCAAAUUCUGCUCUGGGUCUCCCAUCGCCACUCGCCAAGUCUCCAAAAAGCGAGAAAAGUGUUAAUUUUGAUCUUACUCCAACAGAGACUAGGUGGCAUGAUGGUGGCCUCAAAGAGGACCUUUUGAGAAACGGACCCGAAGAUGCAUAUGUAAGCUGUGACGAGAAAACCCUAGAGAUGGUUUCGCAACCAAACAGUGCAGGACACACUCCCUUCCACCAGAGUCCUGAAGAGGAUCCUCAGGGCUCUGGUGAGGACAGUAGUUUGGGAAUCAAAGUACCUAGUCUCAGCUUUGAAGACAGCCAUGAGGGGUCCUACAGAAAUUCAGAUGCUGGUAGCUCGAGGAGUCAUUUAGGAAACAACUCCACCUCCUCACAUGACAAACACUCCAGUUUCCCAUCUUUAGGCUCUUUUAAAGACAUGUUCCCUGAUGCGUCAUCUACGGUUACGUCCUUGCCUGCUGAAGUAGGUUCUCCACAUUCCACCGAAGUUGAUGAUUCUUUAUCCGUUUCUUUUGAGCAAGUGCUCCCACCUGGCUGUAAGACUGACGAUAGAACCUAUAUCAACGGACAUUUGGUAGAAAUGGACCCCAAAGCGGAAAUGUCCUUACCUUUGAGAACAUCUCAUAAUCGUCAGCAAUCAUGCGACGACUCAGAAAAUCAUCUCUCUGGACCGCAAGGUCUUUACCCAGACGUUCCUCCUCACGACGUUGACCUCUGCUUGGUCUCGCCUUGUGAAUUUCAACAUCACAAAUCUCCUGAAAUCCCAGGAUUACCAAGCCCAAGUCCUCACGAGUUCUCCACUGAAAGUGACCUCUCACAAGAGCUUGCCAAGCUGCCCUCCCAGGCCAACAGUGACUGCAACUCCCCGCAAGGCCAAGAGACGACGCUGACUUCUGUUAGCGACUCUCUUCCCACAAUCUCAGACUCUGACGUUCCUCCCGCUACCGGAGAGUGUCCUUCUAUUAGUGAAGAUAUGGAAUAUGAUGAGGACUCUGCUGAAUUUUUCCCACCCCAUCGUCCACACGAUCAUUCUGCUAGCCACUCCGUACACAGAGACUUGCGCCAUUCUUCUCCAGAUCCACCACCAGCGCCAAUGAAGGACUUGCCCCCUCUACCACCUCAACCUGGUGCCUGCAUGGCUGACCCAGAAGCUGAAGGCAAAUCUCCAAAGACUGCAGCUGCUCAAAAACCUAAAAAAACAGCAACAUCCAGUGCACAAAAGGUGGCGCCUGCAAACAGUUCUGCUCAGAGUAGCAAGACAAAGACAGGUACUCACAGUACUACUAGUGGUACAAUCCGGGUGACCUCCAGCCUGGACACGAGGCCUGCUUCACGUGGAUCCAUUGGUAGCAGUAGGCCACUAUCGGGAAGUGCCAAGCCACCAUCAGGUCCAGUGGGGAACAAGACAAAUGCAACACCAGUUUAUUUGGACCUGGCGUACCUGCCCUCUGGCUUUGCAGCGUCCACCAUUGAUGUGGAGUUUUUCCGCCGUGUGCGUUCUUCAUGCUAUAUUAUAAGUGGGGAAGACCCAUACAAGGAAUCAAACAUGAGACCCAUCCUUGAUGCUCUGUUAGAAGGCAAGGUGGCCUGGCCAGAUGUGCAGGUUACCCUGAUCCCCACAUUCGAUUCGCUGACGAUGCACGACUGGUACAGAGAGACGCAUGAAAGGCAAAGGGAAAUGGCAAUAACGGUGUUGGGCAGCAACAGUACGGUGGCCAUGCAAGAGGAAACAUUCCCUGCCUGCAAAGUGGAGUUCUGAACAGGGGAAAAUAUACUACAGAUUGCAGAAGAAAUGAAAAUACACUUCCCUUUUAAUCACUAGAGCACUUACUGCCUUUUUUCCACAGCUGUACCUUUAAUAGAUGAAGUUUUUUUUGUCUUUUCUAGACAAUAUCAGCAGUAAGCACUGUUUAAUACUAGGUCAGCUGUGCAUUUAAAUAGCAUAUGCUGACUAAGAGUAGGCUUGUUCUGUCAGUGUGAUUCUACAGCAGCUGUGUAGGAAAUAUUAGGGUUCUUGCGUGAACGAAUGCGGUAUACGUUAGAAGUGACCAUGCGUUUCAUCCAAUUUUUUUAAAUGGAAAAAUGUUUUAACAGUCCUGAUAUUUACAGAAAAGCUGUAUAAAUUUCACUAGAAGGAGGUACCACAAGGAGGAGUUUUUUUUCCCUUUAAUUCUCACAUUUUACUACAGCUUGGAUCUUUUUGCAUGGUUGCACAGUUUGGAUUUUCUGCACAAAACAAGGAGAAACAGAAUCCAGUGGACUUUAAUGGAAAUGGUCUUUAUCAGAGCUAGACAUUUACUCAAUCGCCAUGAGUUUUGUCUGGAAAAUAACAGACAUUUUACUGUGGGUGUUUGUUAGAUUUUGUACUUGCUGAAGCACAGCUAGUUUUUUUUUUAUUAUUAAUAUUAUUAUUAUUUUGAACCCUAAUGAUGGAUUUGUCUUUAGAAACACAUUCUAACCAAUGAUUGCAUGUUUGAUUUUUUUUUGUACGUGUUUAUUUUCCAUUUUUGUAGUACAGGGCAGUCACACACCACACUUUAAGCCCAGUGUUUGGUUACUACUUGUUUACUGCAGUUUGGCUUUUCAGCUGUGUCUCAGUUUAGUCCUGGAUUAUUUCUGUUAACGGUACUCUCUGGAUCACGUGGUUUGCUCCUCUUGAAUCUGAUAAACAGUUCAUGCUGCAGGACCUGAUAAUCAGCAACCAUAAUAAGCUGUAAUUACUAUGUUUACGUCAUAAUUAUAUACUGUGUUGCUGUUAUUAUAAUCACUGCAUCAUGAACUCCAUCGGUCAGUUUGCCAGACAGUGAUUAAAUCUUGUUUUUGAUCUUACAGGAUUUUUAAAUGGAGAUUUUCAAUUGAAGGAAAAUCUAGUCUAUGACUAGGCUUAAUCGCUGUCCCCAUAUGUUGGGUUGAGAUUGGGUAAAACUAACAUAAAAGGUUCUAAAGACAGAAAGAAUGUUUCUAUCUGUAGUUUUCAAUAAACUGGAUUAAUUUGAUGUAUAAUGAUGGAGCUUUUCAGAGUGGGUUUGGUGUGAAAUGAUGGCGAAACUGUAGAAAAAUUUCCCAGUCACAUUUUUGUUUUUCCAGUGUUUGUAAAAUGGAAUGAGGUGUCACUCCAAAUGGCAACAACAUAAAGAGCCAAUUUAUUUAUUUAUUAUUAUACUACAGUUAGUUCCUGACCCUGCAGAGUGAUUGGCUGAGAGGAGUUCUGAGUGCCAUUAUCAGCCGGUGAUACAGUGUAACCGAAGCUCUCCGUGUAAUACUCCACCACAUACAGGUAACCUAGCAACGAUGCAGCGCUUACAAGCCAAACAGCGCAGCUAUAAACAGAGCAGCAAUGGAACUGUUUUAAAUCUCGGAAACAGAUCAUAUUUUCUUGUCCUCUUUAACUCAAAAUCUUUCAGUAAACAGUGAUAAUGGAACUGUGGUAUAAUUGCAAAAAUACAUUCAAGGUUUGUGUUAUAAUGUUAAAUAUUGGCACUGUGCCAAUAUUAUACAUUAUAGCACAAAUCUUGAGUGUAUUAUUGCUUUUUUAUUUAUAUUUAGCUAUUAUUGCUGUAUUUGCUCAAGACAAAUAAAAAUCAGUUUACGAUUACUUACCACUUUUCAACCUUUUUCUUUUUUACUUUUAUAAUUAGUGAUGUACCUCAUUCAAAAACAGUCCAUGCUGAAGCUAAAUCAUUUAACAUUUAUUUUAAAGGAGCUAAACUAGCUAAAUGAGAGAAUACUUGGGAAAAGCAAGAAAAUAUUUUUCAAUACCAGCAGAUAUUAAAUCAUUUUAAUUCACCACUGCUGUUAACAAUACAUUUCUCUAUAAGGCACAUUUCACAUCAAACCACUCUAAAGGGGUCUGUUCUUAAUUAUUUAAUUAGACAUUUUUGCUGUUCUUUUUUUUUUUUUUUUUUCAAUCAUUCAGAGAAUGAUUAUCAGUGAAUGAUAAUUCCUAAUGUGCAGUCCAGGACUAAACUUAAUCCAGAAAACCUUCCAUUUCUUAUCAAAUGGUCAUCAAAUCCAAAACUAUCAACUAUAGAUGAAUUAAUGAGACACAUCAGAUACUUCCUCAGUGUCAGUUUACAGUUAUUGUUCUCUGUAAUCAGAAUGAUUGUUUUACUGAACUGAAGUUUCUGAAAGAAACGAGUGGGUGAGACUUUAUUACACAAACACAGCAGAAACCUGUUUGCUUUCAGUGAAUGUUCUUGUUGUGCCUGUGUACUGUUUGCACAUGCAAAUAAUUAAAAUAGAGAGAAAAAAACA